UAGAGGAAGGAACACGAACGCCUCCAGCUGCUGGCCAAGAAGGUGACGUCAGUUGGGCCAGUAAGUAGUCAGAAUUACAAUAUUACUGUGUGUGUGUGUGUGCGCGCGGGCGCAAAGAGGAGGAAAAGCGUGUUUACACAGACUGCCGAGAGCCUGGGGAAUAAUGCGCGAGAGGAAGUGAGCCGGCUCUCUGUCUGCGCGCUCCGACUUCCUGCUCUGAAGAAGAAAAAAACCUCCGGAUCCCCUUACAGUCUCGAGUCCCGCAGCUCAGACGGCAUCAGAAUGGAAAACCAGCGCAUUAUACGGAAUUCUCUUUAAAAACAUAUACAGAAGGAAAGCAGACGUCCAACACCAGGUCAUGGAGAGUGCCAUCACGUUGUGGCAGUUCCUGCUGCAGCUGUUAUUGGACCAGAGCCACAAGCACCUGAUCUGCUGGACGUCUAACGACGGGGAGUUUAAYCUGCUCAAGUCAGAAGAGGUGGCCAAGCUGUGGGGCCUGAGGAAGAACAAGACCAACAUGAACUAUGACAAGCUGAGCCGCGCCCUGCGUUACUACUAUGACAAGAACAUCAUCAAGAAGGUGAUUGGCCAGAAGUUUGUGUACAAAUUUGUGUCCUUUCCGGAGAUCCUGAAGAUGGACCCCGCGGCGGUGGAGAUGGGUGUGAGGGGGGGUGAUGAGACUGGUGGGGCCCUGUCAGAGGGGGAGGGGGAUGAGGAGGGGAUGAGGGGCGGCCCCCCAGGGAGGAACGAGUACCUCCACUCAGGCCUCUACUCCUCCUUUACCGUCAGCUCCCUCCAGCAUCCCCAGGACCUCCUCCGCCCCCCUGAUCUGCUCCUGCCAAUCAAGGUGGAGCCUCGACAUGAUCACCAUGACAACAGUGGCACGGUGAUUCGCUUUGUUCAGAACCGCAGCCAUAAGGGCGGGGCACUGCCGAUGGUGUCGCUGCCUUCAUCCCCGCCCCCUUCCUCAAACGAGGGCUAUUAUUCGUCCAAACCUUCCCCAAGGCUAGCCUACUCCUCGUCCUGCUCCUCCUCCCCAUCACACAGCCCCACCCACGCACUCUGGAGGGCACGGAGCCCCGCCCCUGAGACUGAUGAAUCAGAGCAGAGUGCUCAACCCCUUAACCUAUCGUCUGGUCACAGAGACCGUGGCCAGGUCACACCCACGCCAAAGAAGAGGGGCUUAGCCAAUAGCGUCCCACCAAAAACCAGGAAGCCAAAAGGCCUGGAGAUAUCCGCACCCUCCCUGCUCCUGACAGCCAAUGACAUCGGAUCUAUCGCCCUCAACAGUCCUGCGUUGCCCUCUGGGUCCCUAACACCAGCCUUCUUCACUGCACAGACUCCCUCAGGUCUCAUCCUCACCCCCAGUCCCUUGCUGUCCAGUAUCCAUUUCUGGAGCAGUCUAAGUCCCGGAGGAUCCCUGAGCCCCGCUCGCCUGCAGGGCCAUGGACCCCUGUUCCAGUUCCCCACCCUGUUGAAUGGGCCCAUCCCAGUCCCCUUGUCCAGCCUGGACACCUCCUCCCCCCGACUGCUCUCCCACAGCCCACACAAGUCCUGAUCCUCCUGGAGGACAGUACCAUACUCUACUGGACUCUACUACCAACUGGACCAAAACAGGCCCGACCAGAACAAAUAGGCCCAGUCCACACAAGUUCAAAUCCUGCACCCCGACACAGCAGGACUCGAGGCCAAAUCAGGUUAAGCCAGCAAAAAUCAGGACACUGCUGCAAACCUACUGGAUCAGCCUUUAACUGCGUCAAUAUCAUGGACUUGAAGAUACAUUUUCUUUAGCUUCGUUGAAACAGUUUUUUACUUACUCAUCUCAUCCAUCUUGAAAAAAAAUUUAGUUAUCCCAUAUUUAUCCUCUUCAGAAUGCUGUUCCAUGCAUUGUACCUUGUCAGCCCUUUAUCAAACGCCUGGCGUAUGGUUAUAACGCUUUAUAAGAGACAGGGCGUGGUUAUAAAGCUUUAUCAUUGUAUAGUGGUUGAUAUGUUCAUCUGAGGCUGUGAACCUGGUUGUAUUGUUCUGGCUAUAAGUGUUUUUCUAUGGUUUUGUAUUCUAUUACACUUUAAGCAUUAUUACCUUGUACCGGCUGUGCCUUCUCAAAUGUAAAUGUUUUAUUUUCACGCUUUAAAACUUUUUUUUUUAUAGACGAAAUUCCAGUUCAAUAUUAAACAAAAGCUCAUUUGUAACAGCUUUGUUAUUUUUUUAUAAAGGAAUUGAUACAAAUGUAUUCUCAUAAUGAUCUGCUAUUUUUUUGCUGUUCGAGAGUCAAGUAAAAAUGUCUUACACAGUUAUAAAUAAACAUGAAGCAUUGAAUGCUAUACAACUAAUUUUAUAUCUGGUGUGUGUGUCAUCAGCUACCGCAAUUUCACCCAGAAAACCACAAUAAAGACAAGUGUAUUUAGCAAACAGA